AUGGCGGGUUGCUGCAUUCAGGGCAAUGCGCCCGGCGCCCCAGGGUAUUUGCCGCCUCAUCUGUUCCUGCAGCAGCAGCAGCAACAGAAGCAGCAGCAGCAGCAGCAGCAGCGUCGCUUAAUAAGGGGAGCCCCACCAGCAGCAGCAGCAGCAACAACAGACCUUGCUGCUGCUGCUGCUGCCGCCACUCGCUUGGAAAAGCACCGGGAGCACUUCUCAGCAGCAGCAGCAGCACGAAAAGCAGCGAAAACUGAGCUCGCUGCUGCUGCUGCUGCUGCUGAUCCUGCUGCUGCUGCUGAUCAUGAGUACGAAGUCUCUCCUGAGGUCACGAAGCUAGCAGCAGCAAUUGCUGCUGCAGCACCAGCAGCAGAUUUGCUGUCAGUUGAAAAGGCCCUCAUAAGCCUAGCCAUGCUCAACUCUGAAACUGAAGAAGAGCAGCAGCAGCAGCAGCAGCAAGAGCAGCAGCAGCAGCAAAAGCAGCAAGAGCAGCAGAAGCAACAGCAACAAAAGCAGCAAGAGCAGCACCAACAGCAGCAGCAGCAGCAGCAACGGGCGCCGCGUCGUCUGUGGCACAUUGAGGGCCUUCCCGUUCUUGCUGCUGCUCCUGCUGCUGCUGCUGCGCCUACUGCUGCUGCUGCUGCUGCUGGCUGCGGACAGAAGGAAGCAAGCAGCAAAUCAGGAAAUGAAAAAGGAGACAGUGCCGCAGAUAGCUGCAGCCGAGAAAGAGGAUUCCUGUCUGCUGCUGCUGCUGCAGCACAGGAGGAGACAGAAGAGACGCAGAGAGCCCACUUUGAGGUUUGGAGGCAGGGGCACCUCUUCCUUAAGAAGCCUGAGUGCAUCAUUGUGCUGCUGCUGGACCUGCUGACUCUCGAGCUGCCGGCCGAAGCAGUGAGGUGUAUAUACACUCCAAACCCCUUAUUUGCUGCUGUCAAUAAAACCGAUUUGCUGCCGAAAAGUCCGCAGCAGCUCAAAGGCGGCGGCCCCGCCCACGCGCUGCAGCAAGCCGUGCUGCAGCUACUCCGCAGCAGCAGCAGCAGCAGCAGCAGCAGCAGCAGCAGGAGAGGCGGCAAGAGCCCUGUGGGGGGGAAAGUCCAUCUAGUGAGCAGCAAGACAGGGAGCGGGUUGGACGCAUUAUUUGCUGCUGCUUUCGAAGCAGCAGCAAAAACAAAAAGAGACAUUUAUUUGCUGGGUGCUGCAAACUGCGGAAAAAGUUCUGUUUGCAAUUGGCUUAUUAGGAAGUAUGGCAGCACCCACAAGGAAGAGAUUGCUGCCUAUUUGGGGGCAGCGCCGCUGCACAGCAGCAGCAUGCGGCUGCAGCAGCAGCAAGCAGUAGCAGCAGCAGACUUCUGCUGCAUUACAAACAACAGUGCUGCUUCUGUCUUUCUGACUUUCAUGAUCAGCAAAAACAUAAAUCUCCGAAUACUUGGCAAGCGCAACUUGCUGCUGCUGCAGCAGCUGCAGCAGCAGUUGCACGAGCAGCAGCAGCAGCAGCUGCUGCUGCAGCAGCAGGCGCUGCAACCAGAACAGCUGGACGGGCAGCAGCAGCAGCAGCAGCAACUGGAACAGCUGCAGCAAAACAGUGAACUGGCGCAGGGGAUAACGAAGCAGCAGCAGCAACAGCACCAGCUGCAGCAGCAGCUGCAGCAGAUGUGCUCUCGCCACGGGGCCCCACAGCAGCAGGUGGCGCUUUCAGCAGCACAAACUUGA